AGCUGUCAAAUGUCAGGCACACCAUUUUCACUUGUACGCAGUCACAAUAACAUUUUGGUCACACAUCUCGAAAAGUUUUUCGAUUUCGGAGUUCUUAGUGAAAAAUAUCGUCUACCAAAAAUGUCGAAAUACGUUGCAUUAAUUGGUCCAAGAAUUAACACCCCAUUCCGUAAGUGGUGCUACAAUUUGUCUGGUUUCCGUAAAUAUGGUUUGUUUUUGAACGAUUGCUACGCAAGCACACCUGAAGUUGAGGAAGCUAUCCGUCGUUUGCCACCUGAUGUGUUCGAUGCCCGCAACAAACGUAUCCAGCUUGCGUUCCAUCAUUCAUUGUGCAAAACCUAUUUGCCCAAAGAACAGUGGACCAAAUAUGAAGAAGAUGUCAAAUACCUAGAACCAUACUUGGAGGAAGUUGAACGUGAAAAAGCCGAACAAGACGCUUACGAACACAAUAACUUCAGCACCCAAUAAGUUCGUUUUUUAAAAUGUAAUAAUUUCUGAAAUGUCUCAACUCAAUUGUACACCGUGGAUAUACCAGAGAGACACAAUCGACAGAGCAAAAUCACUUAAAUAAAUUGUCAUAAAAUUAGCAUGAAACCAGAGAUGUUGAAUAAAAUUUAAACAAAUUUAAUGAAAAAAA